AAGAUUCAUAAAUGCGCAAGUGGACAUAAAACCGCGGAGCUCUGACUGACGCGGUGGGUUCUGUUUGUGUGUGCCUGGCGUCGGAUCCUCCCAAAUACAUCCACCUCCACUUUCACACUCCCCGAGAGCUGCUGCUCCGCCGGUUCUUCGGCGACUUUGACCCCUGAGGACCUGCAUGUCUAAACUUUAGACAUGUUCAGAUUAGUGGAUUCACGGACUCUCCUGCUACUUGUAGCAACGCAUUGCGUUUUGCUAUCCAUUGUAAGAUGUCAAGAAGAAGAUGACCAGGAAGACUUUGGGGGCUGCAUCCAAGAUGGCCAGCAGUAUGCAGACCGUGCAGUAUGGAAGCCAGAAGCGUGCCGCGUCUGUGUGUGUGAUGCAGGGGCAGUGCUAUGUGACGAGGUCAUCUGUGAGGACCUGAGAGACUGUGCCAAUCCCAUCAUUCCACCUGGAGAGUGCUGUCCAAUCUGCCCAGCUGACACCGACGAACCUAUCGGGUCACUUGGUGCAAAGGGACAGAAAGGAGAACCAGGCGAUAUUGCAGAUGUUGUAGGACCAAGAGGACCUGCUGGCCCAAUGGGACCCCCAGGAGAGCAGGGAACACGUGGCGAGAAAGGACCUAAGGGUGAGAAGGGAGGUCCCGGACCAAGAGGGAGAGAUGGCGAGCCUGGUACACCUGGAAACCCUGGACCCCCUGGACCACCAGGACCUAAUGGUCCCCCUGGACUUGGAGGAAACUUUGCUGCUCAGAUGGCUGGUGGUUUUGAUGAGAAGGCAGGAGGUGCUCAGAUGGGUGUGAUGCAGGGACCAAUGGGUCCAAUGGGUCCCCGUGGUCCUCCCGGCCCCUCUGGAGCACCUGGCCCACAAGGUUUCCAAGGCAACCCUGGAGAGGCUGGUGAACCCGGCCCUGCUGGUCCCCUUGGACCCCGUGGCCCUUCUGGGCCCCCUGGAAAACCUGGAAGUGAUGGUGAGGCUGGCAAACCUGGUAAGUCUGGCGAGCGUGGACCCCCAGGGCCUCAGGGAGCCCGUGGAUUCCCCGGAACACCUGGCCUUCCUGGCAUCAAGGGACACAGAGGACACCCAGGUCUUGAUGGAGCUAAAGGAGAGGCCGGUGCUGCAGGUGCUAAGGGUGAAUCUGGUGCUAAUGGUGAGAGCGGUGCUCCUGGACCAAUGGGUCCACGUGGUCUGCCCGGUGAGAGAGGUCGUUCUGGGCCUUCUGGUGCUGCUGGUGCCCGUGGUAAUGAUGGUCUGCCUGGUCCUGCUGGUCCACCUGGCCCUGUUGGUCCUGCUGGUGCUCCAGGUUUCCCAGGAUCCCCUGGUGCUAAGGGUGAAGCUGGUCCCACUGGAGCUCGUGGACCUGAGGGUGCACAAGGACCACGUGGAGAGGGUGGUACACCUGGAUCACCUGGACCCUCCGGUGCAUCUGGUAACCCUGGUACUGAUGGUAUUCCUGGUGCCAAAGGAUCUGCUGGUGCUCCUGGCAUCGCUGGUGCCCCUGGUUUCCCAGGACCCCGUGGCCCGCCAGGACCUCAGGGAGCUACUGGACCUCUUGGGCCAAAAGGACAAUCUGGAGACCCUGGUAUCCCAGGAUUUAAAGGCGAGGCUGGACCCAAGGGAGAGCUUGGUGCCCCUGGGCCAUCUGGAGAGGAAGGCAAGAGAGGACCAAGAGGAGAGCCUGGUUCUGCCGGACCUCUUGGACCUCCUGGAGAAAGAGGAGCUCCAGGUAACCGUGGAUUCCCUGGUCAGGAUGGUCUAGCUGGAGCAAAGGGCGCACCUGGUGAUCGUGGUGUUCCAGGUUUGACCGGCCCGAAAGGAACAACUGGAGAUCCUGGUCGCUCAGGCGAGCCUGGUCUUCCUGGAGCCAGAGGUCUCACUGGAAUAGAUUUUUUUGCUGUUCAUCAUGUUAUAGUUGGACCAACUUGUGUGCUUGGUGUAGUUGGAGUUCAGGGUAAUCUUGGGUAUCUGGGAGCUCGUGGUCAGCCUGGAGUGAUGGGAUUCCCUGGACCUAAGGGAGCCAAUGGUGAACCUGGAAAACCUGGAGAGAAAGGACUUGUUGGACGCCCUGGUCUUAGAGGUUUGCCUGGUAAAGAUGGAGAGACUGGAGCUGCUGGUCCACCUGGCCCUGCUUAUUUUUCUGUUUUUGUUCUUGGUGUUCCUGGUGGUGCUGGAGGAGAUGGUGGUAAUGGUGGUGAUGGGGGUGUUCCUGGAGAGGGUGGUGCUGCUGGUCCCACUGGACCAAGAGGUGAACGUGGUUUCCCUGGUGAGAGAGGAGGUGCUGGCUCUCAGGGUCUCCAGGGACCAAGAGGACUUCCAGGAACUCCCGGUACUGAUGGACCUAAGGGUGCAAUUGGACCAGCUGGUGCUGCUGGAGCUCAGGGCCCUCCUGGUCUGCAGGGCAUGCCUGGUGAGAGAGGAGCUGUUGGAAUCCCUGGAGCUAAAGGUGACAGAGGUUGAAUGGGAGAGAAAGGACCUGAAGGUGCUUCUGGCAAAGAUGGUGCAAGAGGUUUAACUGGUCCAAUUGGUCCACCUGGUCCUUCUGGUCCCAAUGGCGCAAAGGGUGAAACUGGUCCCAUUGGCUCAAUUGGUGCUCCUGGUGCUCGUGGUGCCCCUGGUGAUCGUGGUGAGAUUGGUGCACCCGGACCUGCUGGCUUUGCUGGACCUCCUGGUGCUGAUGGCCAGCCUGGAAUUAAGGGAGAGCAGGGUGAGUCAGGACAGAAAGGUGAGGCUGGAUCCCAUGGACCCCAAGGACCAUCAGGAGCACCCGGCCCAGUGGGUCCAACUGGUGUUACAGGACCUAAGGGAGCACGUGGAGCCCAAGGAGCCCCUGGUGCCACUGGUUUCCCAGGUGCUGCAGGAAGAGUUGGAUCACCUGGCCCCAAUGGUAAUCCUGGUCCUGCUGGCCCCCCAGGUUCUGCUGGUAAAGAUGGUCCUAAGGGAGUUCGUGGUGAUGCCGGUCUCCCAGGCAGACCAGGAGAUGCUGGACUGCGUGGACCACCUGGUGCUCCUGGAGAGAAGGGAGAGGCUGGAGUGGAUGGUCAUCCUGGUCCUGAUGGUCCUGUUGGCCCUUCUGGUCUUGCUGGUCAGCGUGGUAUUGUUGGUUUGCCUGGUCAGCGUGGUGAAAGAGGUUUCCCAGGACUUCCAGGACCCUCUGGUGAGCCUGGUAAACAGGGAGCUUCUGGCUCUUCUGGUGACCGUGGACCUCCUGGCCCUGUUGGACCUCCUGGAUUAAGUGGACCUGCUGGAGAGACUGGACGUGAGGGUAAUCCUGGAUCUGACGGUCCACCUGGUAGAGAUGGUGCUGCUGGUGUGAAGGGUGAGCGUGGUAACACUGGCCCAAUCGGUGCUCCUGGAGCUCCUGGUGCACCUGGUGCUCCUGGUUCCGUUGGUCCAAUUGGCAAACAGGGAGACAGAGGAGAGAAUGGCCCACAAGGACCUGCUGGACCCCCUGGACCCGCUGGAGCUAGAGGCAUGGUUGGACCCCAAGGACCUCGUGGUGAUAAGGGUGAGUCAGGAGAAGCUGGAGAAAGAGGUCAGAAGGGACACAGAGGAUUCACCGGUCUGCAGGGUCUGCCUGGACCUCCUGUGAGUGCUCCUGGAGACCAGGGUGCUGCUGGACCUGCUGGACCUAGUGGCGCUAAAGUGACUGGCAAGGACGGUAGUAAUGGUCAGCCUGGACCCAUUGGACCACCUGGACCUCGUGGACGCUCUGGAGAGUCUGGCCCAAUUGGUCCACCUGGUAACCCUGGACCCCCUGGCCCUCCUGGUCCCCCUGGCCCUGGCAUUGACAUGUCUGCCUUCGCUGGGUUGUCUCAGCCUGAGAAGGGACCUGAUCCUCUGCGUUACAUGCGUGCUGAUGAGGCCUCCAGCUCUCUUAGACAACAUGAUGUGGAGGUGGACGCCACACUGAAGACAAUCAACAGCCAGAUCGAGGACAUCCGCAGCCCAGAUGGGUCCCGCAAGAACCCUGCGCGCUCCUGCAGAGACCUGAAACUCUGCCACCCUGAAUGGAAGAGCGGUGACUAUUGGGUGGAUCCUAACCUUGGUAGCGCUGCUGAUGCCAUCAAAGUUUUCUGUAACAUGGAGACCGGAGAGACCUGUGUGAAGCCCAGCACUCCCAAAAUCCCACGCAAGAACUGGUGGAGCAGCAAGAGCAAGGCGCAGAAGCACGUGUGGUUUGGAGAGAGCAUGAAUGGUGGAUUCCACUUCAGCUAUGCUGAUAGCAGCCAUACUCCUAGUACUACCAGCGUCCAGCUGAACUUCCUGAGACUGCUUUCUACUGAGGCCACUCAGACCAUCACCUACCACUGCAAGAACAGCAUUGCUUACAUGGACCAAGCCACAGGCAACCUGAAGAAGGCCGUUCUGCUGCAGGGCUCCAAUGAUGCGGAGAUCAGAGCAGAGGGCAACAGCCGCUUUACAUAUGGAGUACUUGAGGAUGGCUGCAAGAAGCACACAGGUCAGUGGGCCAAGACUGUGAUUGAGUACAAAACUCAGAAGACAUCCAGGCUGCCCAUCGUGGACAUUGCUCCCAUGGACAUUGGAGGAGCAGAUCAGGAGUUUGGAGUGGACGUUGGUGCAGUCUGCUUCUUGUAAAAAAAAUAAAUAAAACAUAUGUGGAUUAUGAUAUAAGACAUGGAAAAAUACCAAUCACGAGCAAUAACUGUGAGGAUGCAAUACACUCUCCAAAUAACGAAAUAUGGAAGAAAAGAAUCUGAAAAUUGACGAAAGUUUUUUUUCUCUAAAAACACAAAAAGUCGUGCUGUCCACGUUUAGUGUGCAGGAAAACCAGCGUUAAAUGGGAUUGCCCCAAAUAGUCUCUCCCUCUGAAAUCCAGCCAUGUUUCCCACAAGCUCUCGGUGCAGCGCCUCCUCCUGACGGGAGCCAAGAGGGGGACAGAAUGACCAAGUGCAACCAAAAGAAUAAGAGUUUCAAAGAAAGACAGAAACAUGGCUUGAUGUCAUCACAUCCUGCAGGGGGUGGGUGGUUGGGUGAUGCUGUACAGCGUCAUGGCUGGAUACCACAGUAGUCCCUCCCACUAAAGAAGAAAGAACUCCAUGUCCAGUCCCACUUCACCCUUCCCUCUGCCUCUUGACUGUGACUCAGAAGAAAACAUCACAUUAUGCAAGAUUUUGUGAAAUAUUAAAUCUGAGGAGGGAAUAAGUUAAUAUUUACUGUGUAUAGUAACAAAAAAUCUUGAUUCAGUCUGUACUGAAGCAGCCAGAUCUAUAUAUUUUCACAAUUAUAUGUGUUUGUGUGUGUGAGCUUGUGCCUAUACACAGACCAACAAUAUUUUGGGGAAAGUGCAGUUCCAUUCCUUUUUGUGUGUGUGUAUGUGUGUGUGUGUAAAUCAUACCAUUAUUUUUUCCCCCACGAUUGCCCAAACUAGGAAGUUUUGGUCCCUUAACAGCAGAAAA